AUGUCUCAGCUCUCUGACUACCGCGUUCUGACAUUUGAUGUCUAUGGCACUCUCAUCGACUGGGAAGCGGGCAUCCUAGCCGCCUUCCAGCCAACGCUGGACAAGAAUGGCGCCCACUUCUCUCGCGAGCAUCUCCUCACCACCUAUCAUGAGUUCGAGCGACUGCAGCAAUACAAGACCCCCGACAUGCCCUACCACCAGCUGCUGACCACCGUGCACCCGCACUUUGCAGAGCGCCUGGGUCUCGCCGCCCCAACGGCCGCGGAAAGCAUGGCCUUCGGGGAGUCCGUCGGCAGCUGGCCCGCAUUCCCAGAUACCGUGGAGGCCCUGAAGCGACUCUCCCAGCGCUACAAGCUGGUGGUCUUGUCGAAUGUGGAUCGGGCAUCAUUCGCCCGGAGCAACGCCGGCAGUCUCGAGGGCGUCCCCUUCGAUCUGAUCAUCACCGCCCAGGAUGUGGGGUCGUAUAAGCCCGAGCUCCAGAACUUCGAGUACAUGCUGCGCGAGGUGAAGUCGACGUUCGGGGUCGAGCCGGCGCAGGUGCUGCAGACGGCGCAGAGUCAGUUCCAUGACCACCACCCGGCCCGUCGGGUGGGGAUUAAGUCGGCUUGGAUUGAGAGGCCCGGGGCGACGAUGGGGAAUUUGACGGAGACGGUUUACCAUUGGCGAUUUGAUACCUUGGGGGAUAUGGCUGAUGCUGUUCAUGCAGAGAGAUAG